GAGAAAGUCGACUUGUUACCUCAGGUGGUGGGGAGUUUCAGCGUUCGUGCCUUCCUAUGACCCUCUGGGGCAGGAGCAGCGUUUGGCUGACGAGCGCGGCGAGGUCUGCAGGCUCCGAGCCUGGACUCCGGUCCCGCGUCACUCCCGCCGGCGCCUCGGAGCCGCCCCGCGACGCCCGGGCGGCGUUCUUGGCACAAGGGCGGAGAGGAAGGACUGUUUGCGACGUGGAGGGUCCCGCGCGCUGCUGACGAGCCUGUGCGAACGCGGGCCCUGUGGAACCGGGAGGAGGGGAGUCCCUGCAAGGGGCGGCCCGAAGGCUCCCCGGCCCGGGGAGUUGGCCCGGGCGCGGCUGGUUGGCAGGGUCCGACGGGAUCUGUCACGCUUGGCCUCGAGGGCCUGAGGGGAGGAAGCGCGUGUGGAGGCGCGGACAGCAUUUUAGCAUGGGGAGGAAACUGAACGCUGAUCUUCGGUCCGCGGGGGCGGCGGCGGCGCACAGGACAGUUUCCCCAACAGACUGCAUUGCCAAACUCAUGGAUUUUUGAUAAUCUGAUAAGUGAAAAGUGAACCUUGACAAUAAAACUCUGGAACUGGUCUUUUGAGAGGAGUAGGACUGCGACUACUCUUUCAGUUUUUUCAUCAUAAUUGGUUUAUUCAGAUGUUUCUUCCACUUAGACCAAUCAUUUAUGACAUUAGCAGAGAACAGGACUAUGUCAAGAAUUCUGGGGGUAUACUUGGUGAAAAUGAAUUAAGACCACCCUCCCAGCUACAUUCCCUGUUAGAGAAGACCAAGACAAGGUUCAUAUCAGAGAAGAUUUUUGAGACAGUGUCCUUGAGUUCAGACUCUCUCUUCCAGAGGGCAGUUUCAAUUCUCCAUACUUCUUACUUGGACUCUGCAUCUGAGCAUGGUUUUCAGUACAGUCAAGUGACUUUGGUGAAAAAUGACAUUUUCUUAAAUGAGUACAAAACUUUUUACCAAGAAAAAAAAGCAAGUAACUAUACUCACGAAGAACUUCAAGAAACUUACGGAUUUCUUCUGUUUGAAACUGAAAAUCAGGCAAAGUUGGUAUGUCAGCGUGGACUCUGUGUUGGCAGCAGUGCUAUCACCACUCUGGGUGACCCAGGGAAAGGUGUAUACAUUUCCAAAUACUCAGACUAUCUUCAUGCAAGACCUUGGUAUCAUGGGAAGUCUGGUUAUGUUGUAAUUUUUAAUCUAAUUAAGGGAAGAGUCAAGUUUGUGUCUGAGAAUUAUACAACUAACUAUACCAGCCCAUCUUCUGGCUAUGAUUGCCACGUGGCUGUAAAUACUAACAAGGUUUCUCACAAGACAAGUCAUUUUCGCACCUUUGAACUGAAUCAGUAUUACCUCUAUGAACUUUCAGGCAGCACUGUUAUUGAGCGACCCAGACAGAUCUGUCCUUAUGUGAUUGUAGCUUUUCAGUACAGGGAACCUAAAAAAAUGGCAGCACCAGCUCAUAAUCAUAAAAGCAUACUUGAACUCAAAGAAGAUGUUCUCAUCUAUCCAUGGAAAGGGAAAUUAAUUAUUCAAGGCUGUCUGAUGUGUGAUAUAACUCUUUGGUCCUCUUACGGUACAUUGGUUCCAAAACAACUACCACAUGAACUAGAUUUUAAGUAUGUAAUGAAAGUGUCGUCUUUGAAAAACAGACUACCAGAAGCUGCUUUUAGAAAACAGAAUUACGUGGAGCACAAAGUCUGUUGCCAAGAUAUGUGCUUCAAUAUGUAUGAGGUGGAACUAUCCAACAAACAAGGGGAAAAAGUAGAUAAACUAACAGAGUACAUUAAAAGGGAGCAAUUGGCAAUCAUCAAAUGCUUAGAAGAUCGAGAAUUUUUUAUUUUACUUACGUCGUCAGCCUUUAUGUCAGAAACAAGUUUUGGAGAGGAGCAGAUGGGUCUUCACGGGUUGCAUUUAUUCCAUUCAUCCCCGUCAGCAGGGCUGAAAGACUUGAAAGUUGAAGAUGACAUCUCAUUGAAGGUGGUACCUAUUUUACCUGCCCUUAAUUGUGCCCUGCUGGAAGCAAAGAAAUCAUUUUCUGAAAAAGGAAUCUGUCUAAACACAUUAGUAAAGCAUAAUCUCCAAGAACUGUACAAGGUGGACAAAAGUCCUUCAUUGACUGCUGCUUCUCAGGAUGGAAUUAAAGAGACUGCAUUCUUUGGCAAAGUGUCCAGUGGUUUUGACGUGACUCCUCCAGCUGAAAAGUGCCCUUUACAGUCUUUAACUCAGUUGAGAUCUUAUUUUUCAAAUCCUAAUGGGUACAUUUUGGAAGUAUCUACUGCACUAGACUUAUUGGCAGAGUGUCCUCAGUCUCCGUGUAUUUCAGAUGGAAUUUGUGAUGCUGGAUUUUCUUUAGUUAUGACUCCAGAUGCUGAAUUUCACGACUCAGAGGCAGAAGUAAGAAAAGAAACAGAAACACAGAAGAAUUCUGAAGAGAUGUUUAAAGCAAGGCAGGGAGCUCUGGUCCCAUUAAGUCCAGCAUCAAAUCUGAGAGUUCAGCCUAAGAGAAAAGCAGGCACGCUGCCCGUGGUACAGAGUAAAAGGGUGAAGUUGUGCCGUCCCUUUCCCAGAAGAACUCCUGCUGGAGCAAACAAGCGUCCAGACUCUCCCACAACUCUCAAGUUUCCUCAGAAAAGAGAAAACGUUAUGACUCCAGAUGCUGAAUUUCACGACUCAGCGGCAGAAGUAAGAAAAGAAACAGAAACACAAAAGAAUUCUGAAGAGAUGUUUAAAGCAAGGCAGGGAGCUCUGGUCCCAUUAAGUCCAGCAUCAAAUCUGAGAGUUCAGCCUAAGAGAAAAGCAGGCACGCUGCCCGUGGUACGGAGUAAAAGGGUGAAGUUGUGCCGUCCCUUUCCCAGAAGAACUCCUGCUGGAGCAAACAAGCGUCCAGACUCUCCCACAACUCUCAAGUUUCCUCGGAAAAGAGAAAACGGUGCUGAAGUGCUGACUGCACAGUUUGUACAGACAACCAAAUUGGAUUGGAAAAACCAAGAAGCUCCUAUUUCUGAAGAUGUUCCAGUGUCAACGAAUGCUAAAAGGGCAAGGAAACAAGAGACAUCUCCAGUCAAAACUGUUCCAAGGGCUGAGCCACCUGUGAAGAAAUCUCCACAAAAACAGAGGGAAAAUAUAGUAAAAGGCAAUCAGAAUCCCAGAAUCAGAAAGCAGCCACAACCUGCCAAAGGAGAAACUUCUUCACAGCUUCAAUCAGAAAUUUCAGAUGGUCAAGAAGUUAUUAGCAUAAGUACAGCUCAACCAGAAAAUACCACAGUGGCUCCAGAAGACCCACCUGAAAACUCCAUUGUCAACUGUGACUCCCAGGCCCUAAAUAUGUUGGCUGAUCUUGCAUUAAGCGCUGCUACCUCUACCACACCAUCCUCUGAGCCCAGAAACUUGCCCUGCUCCUCUGAAUUGCCACAAAACGAUGUUUUGCUUUCUAAAGAACAUUCUUUGCGUGGUACAUCAGACCACGAAUAUCAUAGAGGAGUUAAAAGUCAAAAAGGUGGACCGUUAUCCAAGCCCUCUGAUAAGAGUAAUCUGACAUCAGACCCCACGGUCAGCCAGGAGGAAGAAAGCUUGGUUGCUGGCAUUCAGGCCCCUGCAGAAGCCCAGUUGGCACUGCCUGAGGAAACCCUAGGAAGUUCCGACGCAAGCCAAAGCUCUUUUGUUGCUGUGGAGCAUUCCUAUGCCCUGCUCCUUGCAGAACAUUCAAAGAAGCAUCUACAGCAGAGAGGGGCCCCAGGCCCUGCGUUUGCCAAGAAUGGCACAAAAGGCCCUGAAGCGGGAACCCCAGUGGGGAAAGUGAUGCCAUUUCGGCAUCAGCAGGUCACCUCCCCACUGCAGCAGCUUUCCGAGGCCCCAGCGCUCAGGCGCAGGAGCAGGGUGCUGCCCUCCAGCCUGCAGGACUUCUGCCGCUCUCGUACCGUAUUCAGCUGUGAUGGCUCCUUUAAGGUCACUUUCAUAUGGGAAGCAGAUUACGUGUUCAGCUUAGACAGCAAGUAUACCAACAACCCCCUGGAGAAGACUGUAAUCAGAGCACUACACGGGCCUUGGAAUACUGAUUUACCAGAUAACAUGGAAGAAGUGAGGCUUUUACUUCAUAUGUGGGUAGCUCUGUUUUACAGCAAUCAAAACAAAGGCAUACAAUCAUCCCGAAAAGUAGUAGAACACAGCAACCCAGCAAAAUACGUGUGCAUAAAUAGCACGUUAGAAUCGUUUGAAUUCAGUGAAAUUGAGGAGUCCUCCGGUGUAGAAGGGUGCUCCGUAGACCCUCUGUUGGAGACUAAUGAGGCUCCCAGAGGUCCUACUGCCAAAGUGUCCUUCCCAGACACUGACCCCCUGCUUCCUUUCAUGAAACCACCGCCUGUGAGAGGCUUGGAGCUUUGGGUGCAGAAUGAACAGAAAGAAAUGUUUGCAACAGCAGGUCAUCCAGAGACCCCGGAAAGCCAGAAUUUCAUCUAUUCUUGUAAUAAUGAGAUAAUUGGGGGGAAAGCCGAACAAGAGUCAUCAGAUAAACUAGAGACCUCUAAUCUGGUGCUUUCUAGCAUUGGAAGCACCCAAACUAAUGGAUCUUCUAUUCCUGCUGAAGAUAAAACUUUUGAGCCACUUGAUGGCACACAGGUGACUUCUUAUAAUGAUACCGUCACACAGUCCACAUUCGCCAGGACUUACGAUGGGAUCAGCAAUCCGUCAAUGAUUUUUCAAAAGUCUAUGUACAGCACCCUUGAAAGCAAAGUUGAUGUUUUUCAUGCAAAAAUGCAAACAAAAACAGGUGCUUUGCAGGGCCUUAUCCAGCACAGCAGCUCUAUAAACAAAGAAUGUCAGUCAUCGUUGGAAGGGGAGGAUGAUACGGAGUAUGUAGUGAUUAAUCUGGAACCAGUUACAUUCACUUUUGAAAAAAAUGCCUAUGCACCAAUACAGACAGAAGUUGUAAACAGAGCUGAUAAACCUACAACCUUUAAUGUGGAGUUGAUUAAACAAGUAUCACCUGCUACAAGCCUUAGACAUCCUGUGUCCGCAUUUGAAAAGGCACAGACACAGGGUCUUAGGGACGUUCCCUCUCUGGCAGUGUCAGGACAACAAGGCGCUAAGUACCUUUGUGCCUCCUCAGUGAGUAGAGAGAUACUUGCUAAAGAAAUGUGUUCAUUACAGAAAGGACAGGCUGUUGCAGGCUCACCAUCGCCGUCUGAUAAUUCCCUUGUAACAGAGGCAUUAUCACUAGUUAAAAGUUCUAGUUAUUUGUUACCCAGAGAAGAAAUGAAGCUCUCUCAAGAAUGUUUUCUGUCAGCUCAGAGUCUCUUUAGCAUCUCUUCGGAAGAGACUGUAGAGUCGUCCCAGCUUGAAGAAGUAGUCUCAUCGUCGGCCUCUGACCCCUUGGAAGAAAAGGAUUCACUUGACUGCAUCCCAUCAAUGAGGAAUGCUUCGGAUGGCUCUUCAGAACUAAAGAAUGACAAGAGUGGUCUAAACAGUGAAAAUAUGAGUUUUGAAACAUUUAAUUCUGCAUUUACCAAACAAACCAGCCUAUCUGUGACUAGAGAGGAAGUCAGCCUCGAGUUAUCAGAGGAGGAUUCUGACCUUGACCUCACUCUCACCAUAUCACCGCCCACAAGUCCCUGGGAAGAAGCAUCCACUGGUGAAAUGGAGCAGCAGCAGGAGGCCACGUUACCCUGCUUAGAGCUUCAGGAGACAGUGGAAGAAAUAAUUGAGCCUGAAGAGGUGCCUGAUGUGAACUCUGCUGAUCACACGUCAAUGAAACCACGAGAAAGUGAGAGAAAAGGCGAUAACUUACAGACAGUGGCUUUCAUACUUUCGAAAGAAACCUGUGCCCUUGAGGUUGCAGAGGAAGUUCAUGCUGGUUCAGACUUCUCCUUCAGUUCUUUAAUUGAAGAAGUGUCACCAGCUUCUAGCCCUGACUGCCAGGUACCAGGUGAAGAAGCACAACCAGCUUGGGCUGUAUCUCCAAGUAGUUUUAAACUCUGUGAUGCACCCUGUAAGAAAACUGACAGAUCCUCCCAGGUUGAAACAGUAGAUUUGGCCAUAACAGAAAAAGAAAAUUCUUUUGUUGGUCCCACCCAUCCAGUGGGACAAGAUAACUUAACUCAGAUACAGCAAAUGCAGCUUUCUGCUGAAAUGCCUCUAAUACUAAAAAAUCACCCAGGAAGAAAAGAUAGAUUUUUAACCCUUCCUGGUGAAGUCACUGAGGAAAUUGUCCCAAGUGAGUGUGGUGAGGGUUACUCUUUCUCAGAUAAGGUGCCACACCAUGAUGCAGAGUUAAACCAGCCUGCCUCAGCUGCCACAUGCAGAGAUUCUCUAGAAAACCUGGUAACGUCAAGAAAUCCACUGCAACCAAUGAGUGUAGAGAACAGAAAUCCCCACCUAAGUCAUCUUGUGGAUACCAGUGAGCCUCCGUUUAGCCCUCAGAAGAUCCUUGAAAAUAAGUCUUUUGCUGACACGUUUGUUUCUACAACCACACCAAGUGGUGUGAAUGUGUCAUUAAAACAGCAGACCAGCUCUAAGAGCCUUAAGGAAAAUGACUCGAGCAGUGAUGUGAAAACAAACGAACUCUGUUACAUCCUGGUUAAGUCCUUGUGCCUUGACCCAGUUGCUGGAGCUGAGGCUGUGCAGGCCCGCGGGUACCUGGAGCUCCCCAAGCCCACCCUCUUCUCGGGAGGGGCCACCCUAACCCACAGGGCAGGACCCAGCGAUGCAGAGAUGGAGUUUGAAACACAGGAGAUGAUCGUCAGAAUGGCCAGUCUGCUGAAGAAUAAUGAAACUGGAGCUGAGUUAUGUGAAACAGCUAUAGAUCUAGGAGGUGUCGGCUCUCAGCUGCACACCACCUCUUCAGAAGACAGACACAAACCGGCCCACAUGCUGCAAGAUGAGUCACCGUGUGCAGCAAGAGCUCUGCUGAAUGGUGGGCUUUUCCCUGUCUGUUCUUACCAGAAUACAGCAGCAACCGGUGAAACUAUCGAUACAGAGCCUUCUUCCUUUGUUCCCAAAUCUUGUGCCCCUCUUGUUUGUGGGGUCUUUGAAGAGCAGGUGGAAGAUAAGAGUGCUGAUGAGGGGCUGAGGGCUGAGUGGGGCUCUGUGACCCGAGAUGGAGGCCUGGAUGUCACUGUGAACUCUGACAUCCAUUAUGAACCACUUUCUGGAGACUCGGAUCAAGACUCUUUUGGUGAGUGUGGAAACCCCAGAUUAGAUACGGAAGAGUCCUGUACUUUGCGAUAUAGUCACACCGAGAAAAAACAACGUACUUCCAAAGAUGGUUUUGACUCUUUCCUGAACCUAAACAACAGUGAUAAUGACGACUGGGGCUACUCGAGCCAGGUUCCAGGGCUGGAGACGGGCAUUUCUCCCAGAAGCUGGCCCAUGGGAUUAAAGAAGGAAGAUAAGUGUGUGCCCUCUUACAUCCAAAUCCGAGAUCUCCGUGGGAUCCCCAGGACCUACACUAACUUCACUGUCACUAAAGACCUAAGAGACACUACGAGAACCCUGCAUAGCCUGUGCGGGCACCCCGGCAUCACGGCCAAGGGCGGCUUGCUCAGCUCUUGGACAGACACUUGGCAGGUGGCAGACGACCUCACCCAGAACACUUUAGAUCUGGAGUAUCUGCGUUUUGCACAUAAACUAAAACAAAUUGUGAAGACGGGAGUUGCUCCAUGUUCCGCCCCUUCCACCGCCGUCUUUCCUAAGGAGCCCCCUCUCCAGGGCGCCAUGGGGGCUUUCCCUGCGACAAAAGUGCCCGAGGCCCCAGGGCUGCCUCCUUCCUCCCGCAGCAGGAGUCCCCUCAUGGUGACAGUCGUGCACUCAGACCCCAGACACCAGGGUCAGCAGGCGAGAAGGCAGACACCCAGCUGUGUGGGCCGUUCCUCCUCCUCCUGGAAGGAGAGGUGUGGCCACGAUAGAAAUCAUCUCCCAAACUCUGAACGAAAUUCGACUGUUUCAUACCACCUCAACAAACUGAAAUAUAACAGUACAUUGAAAGAGUCCCGGAAUGACAUUUCCCUCAUUCUCAACGAAUACGCCGAAUUCAACAAGGUGAUGAACAGCCACCCGGUCAUCUUCCAGGAGAAAGAGCCACAUGCUGCUUCUGGAGAAGCCAAACCCCGAGAGCUGUGUCCCUCCAUCCCUCGGUCAGCCUCCUACGAUGACAUGGUUGCAGACCUGUGCACCAGUCUGCACGUGAAACUGGAGAGGGUUGUGAAGGAGGCUUGUACCAGGACCUUCCUCUUCCACCUCGUGGAGACAGAGGACAAGUCGUUCUUUGUAAGAACAAAGCAUAUUCUAAGGAAAGGAGGCUACACAGAAAUUGAACCUCAGCAUUUCUGUCAAGCAUUUUACAGGGAGAAGGAUAUGCUCAUAGUCAUCAUCAGAAAUGAAGAUAUAUCAUCACAUUUGCAUCAGAUUCCUUCUCUGCUGAAGCUGAAGCACCUUCCCAGUGUCAUCUUUGCCGGAAUCGACAGCCCUGAAGACGUCCUCAGUUACACCUACCAAGAGCUGUUCCAGACAGGAGGCUUUGUGGUGUCAGAUGACAGAAUACUAGAAACUUUAACAUUAGUACAACUGAAGGAAAUUAUCAGAAUCCUGGAGAAACUAAAUGAAAAUGGAAGAUGGAAGUGGUUGCUUCACUACAGGGAAACUAAAAAGCUAAAAGAAGAUGUGAGAGUGGAUUCAAUUGCAUAUAAAAAGAACUUAAUAUUGAAAUCGUAUCAGAGUGCAAAUAUCUUUGAGCUGCUUCAUUAUCACCAGUGUGACUCCCGAUUAUCAACAAAAGCUGAGCACCUGAAAUGUCUGCUAAACCUGCAAAUUCAGCGUGUCCACGCGAGGUUUGCCGUCUUCCUUACAGAAAAGCCUGUUGUCUCCAGAGAUGUCUUUGAAAACAGUGGCAUCCUUGUUACAGAUGUAAAUGACUUUAUUGAAAAUAUACAGAAAGUAGCAGCUCCGUUCAGGAGUAGCUACUGGUAAGAACACUUGUGACUCUCUCCCACGUGAGCUGGAACUGACAGCAGAUGCUGACAUCUGUGUCUGCGGGAAACCAGUUGCUCAAAAACUUUUGUACGUUAUACGUCAUGCUGUAAAUUUAAAGUUUUGUUUAUUUAGGGGUGCUGCUAGUUUGGCAUAAAUGGGACUUUCUCAAGUAUCACUAAUGAAAUAACUAACCUCCAUUCUAUGAGUGUUUUCACCUGCAGUCCAUCUGCUGCCAGGACGGAAGACAAUGUAGCCUACAUGCAUAGACAUUUUCCCCAGUAGGUAGCAUCCUAUUUAUGGAAUAGUUCUUGGUUAUUUUAUUUUAAAGACGGAAUUAUCAAUUUUGUAUUCAGGUGAUUUAACUGCACCUUACCUAGACAUCGGUGAUGCCAACAACAAAUGAGUAUUUUCCCUUUUCUUUGAAAACCUUUGAUUUAUAUGAGAAGACUGUUCUGUGUAUCUCAGUGUUCUACAACUUGGGGGAACAUUUUUCUUCAUGUUUUACACAUUGCCAGAAUGUCUGACUUUGUUGUCUGGCUUUGUUCACAGCAGCACUGUAGUUUUCCAUUAGUUUUGGGUUACAGUGUUCAAUACUAUUGUUUUAAAUUAUUCUUAUUUUAAGCAGAAUAGCUUCAAAGCUAUUCAUUGAAAUUAAUGAUAAAAAUAAGAAUUUCACAAGUGUACUCAAUUGUAGCAAAAAUAAGUCUAUUUUAACCAGUAGCUUUGUUUUUGCACGUUAAGGUCAGAAAUGCACAUGUAAUGCAUGUUGUAGUCUGUUUUAAAGGUUUUACCACCUGUGUAAAAACUAACAUCUUCAAUGGCUCUAUCUGCUGUUAUUCAUGCUACACUACAUAAACAUUUUUUUCCUAAAUGGUACAAAUUUAUAAACUGUCAUUUUCACUUACUCAGUUUUUGUAAACAGCGUACUACAAAAAUCAAUCCUCUGAGGAAGAAAUAAUCAUUUAUUUAUAUUAGAAAUAAUUUCUACAACAAUCUUUAAAACUCAAAACCAAGCAAAAACAUUGGUAAGAUACAUAGUAUCUAUUUGGAACAAAGGUUUUUGUACCUAAUUUGUUUCAUUUUAAUAAA